AUGUCGCAUUUUUCCUCAUUUCACCUGUUCUCUUCACUGCCCACCGAGAUACGGCUGGAGAUAUGGCAGUAUAGCUGCUCAUCACCACGGGUAGUCGAAGUCUACUACGACGCAAAGCUGGACCAAUGUACAACCAUUACACCACCGCCCGCCAUUCUCCAGGCCUGCUCCGAGGCUCGGCGUGAAGCUCUGCGCAUCUACAAGCCGCUUUUUGGCACCUCGACGCAUCGGGCCAGGAUUUACUUUCACCCCCAGCUCGAUACUCUCUACAUACCACGGCCGCCGUCCAUGGGGUACGACGACAAUGCCAGGGACUUUGCCGAGCUGUGCACGGGAGCUUCCGAGGUUGUCAACUUGGCCCUCGACCACGUCAACCCCGCCAUUAGGAAACCGUGGGAGACGUACAACAAGUAUGCCUUGAUGUCGAGCUUCCCCAAGGUCAUGGAAGUCUACCUGGUGCUCGACUCGGUCGUAAAUUGCGAUCGUGCGGUCGGGAACAAUGGCAACAGUGCAAAACACGGCUUCAUCAAGUUGGCCGAGCCAUUGGGCGACCCGACGGAGAUUUGCAAACUACUCCAGGAUGUCAAGAUGUCCUUCACGUACGAGGUUGGUGCAGAUUUUGGGACAGAUGGAGGCGCUGAAGGAGUGCCAGAGCCGCCAGUCUUGGUUCUCAAGGCAAAGGUGGAAACCGACUAUCUCCGGCUACUAUGA